UAUCUAUCCUUUUUUCUUCUUUUUCCUUCCUUCUUCCUCUCGCUUGUUGCAGACAAUCAAUCCCUUGAUUCUUGACUCCUGCAGUACAGAUGUUUGCUUUGAACCUCAUACCCUCCUCUCCCCUCACUUUUCCCAAAUCCACUCAUCAAUUUUAUCCCAUUAAAAGGAUCCAAAACUUUACUAACUCUCCUGUUUUUCUCAGCAAAUCCCCAAAAGUUUGCAACUUGAACAAAAUCCAUGGCUACCCUUUGGGUAAGAUCCAAGCUUUAAGCACCAAAACAUCUCAUUUGUGGAAUAUCCUUGAAAACCCAUCUGGGAAACUAGGGCCCAAUGUCCCCAAAGCAGCUUCAUCAUCUGAACCGAAUCCAGAAGGAGAAGCUGAAUCUGUUGAAGCAUCAGCUAAGUCAAAGGCCAAAACUUUACAGCUCGCGCUUGUGUUCGGUUUUUGGUACUUUCAGAACAUUGUCUUUAACAUUUACAAUAAGAAAGCACUGAAUGUCUUCCCAUUUCCUUGGCUGCUUGCUUCUUUUCAACUCUUUGCUGGUUCGAUUUGGAUGUUGGUUCUCUGGUCAUUAAAGCUGCAACCUUGUCCCAAAAUCACAAAGCCUUUCAUUAUCGCACUCCUCGGACCGGCAUUGUUUCACACAAUAGGCCACAUCUCAGCCUGUGUUUCGUUCUCCAAAGUUGCUGUUUCCUUCACUCAUGUAAUCAAAUCUUCUGAGCCUGUGUUCUCCGUUGUUUUCUCUUCAUUCCUCGGUGACACAUACCCUUUGAAAGUCUGGCUUUCAAUUGUGCCCAUUGUUAUGGGAUGUUCUCUAGCUGCCAUAACCGAGGUUUCCUUCAAUUUUGAAGGCUUAUGGGGCGCAUUGAUUAGCAAUGUGGGAUUCGUGUUGAGAAACAUUUAUUCCAAAAGAAGUUUGCAGAACUUCAAAGAAGUGAAUGGACUGAAUCUUUAUGGUUGGAUCAGUAUAAUCUCUCUGUUUUAUUUGUUCCCAGUGGCGGUUCUUGUUGAAGGGUCCCAAUGGGUUCAAGGAUACCACAAUGCAAUCCAAUCAGUGGGGAAAGCCUCCACAUUUUACACAUGGGUUCUGAUUUCUGGGAUAUUCUAUCAUCUGUACAAUCAAUCUUCCUAUCAGGCACUUGAUGAGAUUAGCCCUUUGACAUUCUCGGUUGGGAACACGAUGAAGAGAGUUGUGGUUAUAGUUUCGACGGUUUUGGUGUUUAGGAAUCCGGUUCGGCCCUUGAAUGCACUUGGUUCUGGGAUUGCCAUUCUGGGAACUUUCUUGUAUUCUCAAGCAACUGCCAAGAAGAAGAGCUCUGCUGCUGGUGAAAAGAAAAGCUAAGGUUUUGGUAAUCUCUUCAAAGUUGAAACUUUUUUUGUUGCAGAUAUAUCAACUUUUGUUUUUUUAUUACAGUAUGCUUGUCAUAAUCUG